GGGCCCCGAGUGAUACCACACAGAACAAGACGCACUUGUGUCGGGCUGCUGAUAGCAGACGGUCAGCAAACAGCAGUCGCAGCCACACUAGGUUAUCACCAGCACCGGAAACCUGCAGAGCUAACCUGAAGAACCUCACCUCUACUUCAAUAAUGGGCAACUCAAAGAUGUUACUGCCAGGAAUUGUCUUCACUCUUGGUUGGUGGUGUUUAGGGCAGGUGAUGUGUCACCCAGGAGGUCAAGAGGCCACUCAACACGUGUCUCAAAUGCAGGUUCCCACAGCCCACUGGCAGCCAGUGGAGCGAACCGUACCCAUCCUUCAAACUGGUGUUUCAACACCUGCAGUAGAGGAGAGGCGUCGUCACAAGCGUAGCAGCGACCUGUCGCCCACGCAGGCGGUAGCUAAGGACGACAAGGCGACACAGGCAAGGCAGGAGAGUCUCGACACUGCGACACAAGAAAGGCUGGACAAGGAGACACGCAAGGGCACAGACGACGACGCCACGGAUGAACGACGUAUCAACCACGACAUGGACGAACACGAAAGAAAGAAACACAAGGACAAGAAGUCUGACGACUCAGUAGUUGAAGUCAACCGGAAGCUGCUGGCAGCGCUGGUGGGGCUGGUGGUAGCCAUCUCUGUUAUCAUCAUCAUCGUCGUCUGCCUCUUGUUCAGACUCUGGAUGGCAGCAGAGAAGAUGGCAGAUAAGUGUGAGAUGAUCCCAGCAUCCAAGUCAACCUCCAACACCGUGAGGCCCUUGACAGCAACUAACAGCUUCAUCCUCUCGUAAAUAAUUACGAGAUGACUCCAUCAUCCAAGACAGCCACUGAGAUGAACAAACUGAAGACAGCAACCAACAAUUUCAUCUCGAGACAGCCUCCAACACUGACAGAUUCAAGACAGCAAAAAACAGCUUCCUCUCUUAAAUCACUACUUGACAGACAAAUAGCGAAAGUAAAAUAAAAUAAAUAAGUCUGAAGGAGUUUAAGGAGAAUGUAAAGAAGAGAAUUUCUGUGAAACGAUACAUAAAUAUUUAAUUAAUUUUUAACCCAAGAGAAUGACUGUAAUGGGAAACCUUAAUGCUAAAAUUCUGUGUUAGAAGGCAUAAUAAGUAAAUUUGCAGUGCAAUGGGGAACCUUAACUGGAAAAUUUCUAGAAAUGGGUCUGGUAAUGGGUAACACAUAUAUCAAGAUGAAGAAGAAAGUCUACUCUUGAAAUAUGUAUGUGUACAAGAGGUAGUCGAAACUGUCAGCGGAUGGAAGGUUGACUGGAAGAUUCAGGAUGUUAAUAUUCUAAGAUAAGCAAUUGUUGUGUUUGAUCAUUAUUUAGAGGCGGCUAGAAUAAGAAUAAGAUCAAGGGUAAAUAUAAGGAGAGGUAUGAAAACUGAUGCAAGUACAUCUGGUUAUAGAGUGAUAAGAAGAGGUGUAAGAAACAUAAUGAGGACGGAAGAAUGCUGUGUUAGAGCAUGAAGCUGAUUCUUGAGGUAAAAGGAGGGCAGGUGCAAAAUAGAAGAGAAAUUAACGGUGGAAUAAGGAGGUGCAGAUAGCUGUGACUUCUGAAAUGACAGUGAGACCUGUAAGUCAUUCUUAGUACUAGUCUCUAGUUUUCCCAGGAAACUACGUUUCAUAUAACUAUUUUAAUUAUUCUUAUAUCCAUGAAACAAUAUUGAUGGUGAAUAUUGAUUGUGAAUAAUGGUGACAUACAGCCAGCUUCUUUGACAUAUUUCAACUAUUUUAAGUUUGUUCAACUGAUAAAUAUAUCCUUGUUAAACCUUGUACUAUUUCAGCCAUAUUAUUAUUAUUAUUAUUAUUAUUAUUAUUAUUAUUAUUAUUAUUAUUAUUAUUAUUAUUAUUAAUAUAGUAUUGUGUGUUUACAGAACUUGUAUUCUCUUCACGAACUUUCAUUACCUUGUAGUUGUGCCUAAGCUUCUGUAGCUGUGAAUUUCCGAUUGAUGAAAAUAUAUAUGAAUUCUGCACUUCAAAUUAAUGCAACAAGAUAUUUGCUGUAUAGAUUAUAACUGCGACAGACUAGAGCUUCAUUCAGGAGGUCGACCUAACACAGCUGUAGUUCAAUUGGUAAAAGACUUAUGGAUAUUGUUGUUUAUUUCCUCUA